AUGGAUAUUUAUGCACAACAGGCGGUCUUGGAUGAGGAGGUGAAAGCAAGUUUUUGGGAGGCUUUGGAUGAGGUGGUGAGAAGCGUGCCUAGCUCAGAUAAGAUUGUCAUAGCAGGGGACUUUAAUGAUCACAUUGGGGUUUUACCGGGAGGGUAUGAUGAUGUUUAUGGAGGCUUUAGUUUCGAUGAUAGAAAUGGGGAAGGAGCUGCUCUGUUGGAGUUUGCGAGGGCUUUUGGACUGGCAGGACGGCAUAAGGGGGACUGGUGGUGGAAUGAAAAAGUUAAAAAGAAAAUGGAGAGUAAGAAGAGAGUGUAUGUUAAGUUUAUUGAGAGUAAGGAUGAAGAAGAGAAGCGGGUGAAUAGAGAGGUGUAA